AUGGAUCGUCGUCCGCUAACGUUGGUUGAGAAAAUCAUUGCCGCCAACGCCAUCGACAUCGAGUCUCUCGAUGAUGUGAGGCCAGGCAAUGUUGUUGUCCUUCGUGUCUCCUGGGUACUGUCGAGUGAAGCAUCCUGGGUGGGUAUCAAUAAGACGUACUCACAGCUUGGUCGUCCCCAGGUUCACCGUCGAGAUCGCAUAUGGCUUGCACAGGACCACACCGUUGACCCGAGAGUCAACUCUCGUCCUGAAGUGAAGCGGACCAUUGAUCUUGCGGAGGCGGCAGCCAAGGAGAUUGGAAUCGUCGACUACUACGGGCCGAACUAUACUAUUAUGCAUACUGAAUUUUGUCGUGAGAGAGCACAGCCAGGCCAAGUGAUUGUCGGCUCGGAUUCUCACACCUGCUCUGCUGGAAGUCUCGAAGCUCUAGCAAUUGGGCUUGGUGCUGCAGACGUGACAAUACCGAUGAUCACUGGCGAAACAUGGCUUAAUAUCCCACCCGUUUUAGGGAUCAAAUUCAUUAACCAGCCACCCUUCGGCAUUGGCGGAAAAGACAUCAUCCUGUACGUCCUUGGUCGACUGAAAAGAAACACUGUGGCUGCCGGGAGAGCAGUUGAAUUCAUGGGUCCAGGCUUAAAGUAUCUAUCUGCCGAUGCGCGCUUUGCCAUAUCGAAUAUGGUCACUGAAUUUGGUGGCAUUGCAGGCGUCUUUGUUCCUGAUUCCAUCAUAUCCGCCUAUCUCAGUCGCCGCAAGGAUACUAGACAUCAAGAUUGUGCACUCUAUUUUCAACCUGACCCAGGGGCCCAGUAUGCCGAGGUUUUUGAGAUCGAUCUAACCAGCGUGGGCUCUCUCGUGGCGCUCUAUCCAAGCUCGGAUAACAUUGUGCCUGUCGGUGAAGUCCUUGGGAAAGAGCUCGACGGCUGCUUUAUUGGAGCUUGCACAACUGCCGAGGAAGAUUUGAUUCUGGCUGCUCUGGUACUUCGCCAGGGGUUCAAGGCGGGCCUGGAGCCGAAUGGCAAAGGAAAGCGGAAGGUAACGCCUGGAUCCAUUCCGAUUUUGAACCGUCUCCGUGAUCUGGGUCUACUAUUAUGGUUCCAACGAGCUGGAUUCGAGAUCGGCGCCCCUGGAUGCUCAUACUGCGUUGGGGUGGCAGCAGAUGUAGCAGGGGAAGGGGAGGUUUGGCUCUCAUCACAGAAUAGGAACUUCCCUUAUCGGAUGGGCCCAGGUUCGUAUGCAAACCUUGCAUCAGCCGCAACCGUGGCUGCAUCUUCCUUCUCGAUGAAAGUCACCGACCCAUCUUCUCUCCUCAACGGAAUCAACCGUCAUGAAUUCGACAAAAUUCGACAGUUGUGGGUCGACGAACUCUUGCCAGUGAGGUAUUCUGAGCCAGUAUUGAAAACUGGCAUGAUAAGCUCCUCUUCCCAGGAGGACCUACGCCCGACGAAGACCCAAACCGAGACAAAUAUUCGGAUAAUACCCGAGGGUCAACAAGUCAUCAAAGGGAAAUGUAUUUUGUUCGGUGAUAACGUUGACACAGACGCGGUGAGUCAAUCUCAUUCCAGAACCACCACACAGCCUUAUGAAAUUUUGGUUCGCGACCGUGGCCUCAACAUCGUCGUGGCGGGUAAUGCAUUUGGCUGUGGCUCUUCGCGUGAGGAGGCUCCUCGUGCUCUUAAAGGGUCUGGCGUCAAGGCAGUCAUUGCCAAAUCAUUCGCUUUCAUCUAUUCUCGCAAUCAUCAAACCUGGCGUUGUUGGGGAUUGUGA